CAUCACACCUUCCCAUCUCUACGAUCAACAGCAUACAAUCACGACAGACUCUUGACUUUACCAGAUCAGAUUCAAUACAGGCAUUGACAGAGUGUUUCGAAAGCACGGGCGAUCGAUAAUCUAGCUCUUCUUUUUCAAUACUCUUUUAUUAUUUUGGUUUGACAUAUAGAUAUCAACAAACAUUGCCCUGAUCCGACAAAAACUCACACCUACAUCACUUACGACACAAAUCAGCCCAACAUGGAAAAUGAAGAACAGCUUUAUCCGAUUGCUAUCUUGAUCGAUGAGCUGAAAUCGGAUGAUGUCACAUUACGCUUAAACGCCAUUCAUCGUAUUUCAACAAUUGCAUUGGCAUUGGGACCGGAACGUGCACGAGAUGAAUUGAUUCCAUUCUUGCAAGAUUCACUAGACGAUGAAGAUGAAGUCUUGUUGGCUUUGGCAGAAGAAUUGGGCCAAGGCUUUGUGGAAUAUUUGGGUGGUCCAGCAUAUGCACAUUUGCUACUCGGCCCUUUGGAAAACUUGGCUGCCGUUGAAGAAACUGUUGUGCGGGAAAAGGCCUCAGAGUCAAUCACUAAGAUUGCAGAAGUUCUAUCCAAACCUCAAAUCGAAGAGCAUUAUUUCCCUUUGCUUAGAAGGUUAUCUGGAGGAGACUGGUUCACUUCGCGAACGAGCUCAACAUCUCUCUUUGCUGCAGUGUAUGCUAAAGUGAGCCCUGCCCUUCAAGAUGAGUUACGCAAACUGUUUGCCGCUUUGUGCAAUGAUGAUACACCUAUGGUCAGACGUGCAGCAGCACGAGACCUAGGACCGUUUGCCAAGAACUUGUCAAAAGAACUCGUCGUUUCAGACAUCAUCCCACUAUACCGCAAAUUGUCUUCCGAUGACCAAGAUUCCGUUCGUCUUUUGACCGUCCAAGACUUGAUCGCAAUCGCUCAAGUAUUGGAUCACGAAGAAACAAAGAGCUACCUACUUCCUUCAAUGCGCAACGCCGUCUCCGAUAAGAGCUGGCGAGUACGAUACAUGGUUGCUGACCACUUUGUCGAACUGGCUUCAGCUGUUGGUGAGGAUGUUGUACGCGAUGAAUUGGUGAUGGCAUUCGUGCAAUUACUCAAAGAUAACGAAGCAGAAGUACGCACAGCGGGAGCAGGUCAAAUUCCUGGCUUUGCCAAAUUGAUCGAUCAAGAUAUCAUCUUGGCACGAUUGAUGCCAUGCGUUCGUGAUCUUGCAAGUGACUCCUCUCAACAUGUUCGUGCCGCACUCGGAACGCAGAUCAGCGGUUUGGCACCUCUUCUAGGUAAAGAUGCCACGAUCGAACACCUCUUGCCGCUCUUCUUGAAAUUGUUGAAGGACGACUUUAGCGAUGUGCGACUCAACAUCAUCUCCAAACUGGAACAGGUAAAUGAAGUGAUCGGAAUCGACCUUCUAUCGCAGUCGCUAUUACCAGCAAUCGUCGAAUUGGCAGAGGACAAACAAUGGCGAGUUAGACAAGCAAUCAUUGAAUAUAUCCCCUUGUUGGCAAAUCAAUUGGGUGUCGAAUUCUUUGAUGAACAGUUGAGCAAUUUGUGUAUGUCAUGGCUUGGUGAUACAGUGUUCAGCAUUCGCGAGGCAGCAACUGUGAAUUUGCGCAAAUUGACAGAAGUCUUUGGAGUUGAUUGGGCACGCAAUACGAUCAUUCCAAAGGUUUUACAAAUGGGAGCGCAUCCGAAUUACCUGUACAGGAUGACAACCCUUUUCGCUAUAACCACUAUGGCACCUUCUCUGAAUACAAGCGUGAUCGUUGACAGCGUUUUGGAAACCGUUUUGCCGAUGGUCAAUGAUCCAAUCCCAAAUAUCCGUUUCAACGUUGCAAAAUCGUUUGAAGUUUUAGCUCAAGUACUAAACGAAACAUCUGAAGGAAAAGGAGUUAUCAAAGCAAAGAUUCUACCUGGAUUGGAAAAGCUUAAAGAUGAUCAAGAUGCAGACGUGAGAUUCUUUGCACAAAAAGCAAUGGAAGCGGAUGCGAUCACAGGAGCUUGAGCGAAGGUUGUAGCAAAAGCAAAAGUUGGAGUUGAAAAUUUUAGAUUAAAAAGAUAUAUAUCAUCAUGUUAGUAUAAGCACACAUGAAUUCAUCCAUUCACCGAA